GUAAAAAAGAUGAUGCAAGAAACGGUGCCGCUGAAAGAAUCGUUGGGAAAGGUUAACAUUUCGCCGUCUCAAGUUGCAUUGAUAGUGGACAACUAUCUCUGCGCCAACAACCUAUCGCACACGCGUGCCACCUUCCGCAUGGAGGCUUCCUCCCUCUUCUCCGGUUCUCCAUUCAACCAGGUAUGCAAGCCUUCGUUAAAUCUUGGGCGUAUACUCGAGGAUUAUAUAUCUCUGAAGCGACAAAACUUAAUCUUGAAUCAAGAAAACUUAAUCUUGAAUCAAGAAAGGGUUGCUAUGAUGCAAGAACAGUUUAGGGUUCAGAAAUUGGUGCAGGACGUGCAAAAUGUCGUCAAUGCUUAUCAUACCUUUCAGAGGCUAAUCCCUGUUGCUGAUAAAACCCCUUCAGGCGUGUGUACUGGUAUGGACUCUGUACAGAACACAAACACAGACAACAAGGUACAGUGGCAGCAGUCUCACAAGAGAAAAAAUAGUGAAGCAAUAGAUGCGCCUACAAUUGCAAAAAAACCUCGUGGUAGACCACCUGGCAAGAAAAAUCAAUUUAAAGGUCUAAACAUGCUCCCAUCAGUAGGGACUCAAUCAUUAAUCGCAAAUUCCACAGUUACACGGUCACAGGUUCCCACCAACUCAUCCAUCAUAGAAACACAUCCUGGAACAGCAACCAAUAAAUCUGUUACAACAUGCAAUAAGGAUGUUGUUACUCAUUCUGAGACUGUUAUGGUCUGUCCUGACGAAGAAAUAACUUAUAAACCCAACCUUCACAGUUCUCCUAUAAAUUCAGAUACUGAGACAAAAAAGAAGAGUGAAUUAGUAUGCAAUGCCUCUCAUGUACUUUUGGAAGAUUCAAUCCCAAAUGAGUUUUCCAUCCCUCAUAAAGAAACACAGAAGGAGCAGUCAGAUACUGACACAAAAAAGAAGAGUGAAUUAGUCUGCAAUGGCUCUCAUGUACUUUUGGAAAAUUCAAUCCCAAAUGAGUUUUCCAUCCCUCACCAGGAAACACAGGAGGAGUAUAUGGAUCUAUCACACAUUAGUUUUCCUGAUUUAGAUACGGAGUACUGGUCAAACUUCUCAUCAAAAGACAUAGGAAUUUUCAAUGAAGAUUUUUUUUAUCUUUCAACUGCAACUCAUGUUCAUGUGGAGGAGGUUGAUGCAUGAAGUUCUUAUCUUCAAUUCAAUCCAUAUAAUAUUCAUUGGAAAGUAUAAUUUCAUUUCUACACCAUUCACUCACUUAUUCAAAGCAUAUCUGCACCAUAGC